AUGAAGAUUGGUGCACGGCAGAUUCCCAGCGACUUGACUCUGCCCAAACAGUUUCAGCGAGCAUUUCCUGCUUGCGGAGCCUUACUGUUCUGCAUAUUGUUCCUGUCGGGCAUCCUGGGUGGCGGACACACCAGCUCGCUCCAUCAUCACAACGCAGUCUUCCCGAAGAAGAUAUGGCAGACUUGGAAAGUCGACCCUCUGGGCUUCGAGGAUAAGGACUCAAACGUUGCCCGAACGUGGACGUCCAAGAACCCAGACUAUCGGUACGAGGUUCUCACAGACCAGAACGACCUUGCGUACGUUGAGACGCACUUUGGUCCGCAUGGCUACAAUCGCUUGGACAUUGUAUACAUGUAUCGAGAGCUCACAGCACGGAUCAUCAAGGCGGAUCUCUUGAGGUACAUCGUCAUGUACCAUGAAGGCGGCAUCUAUACGGACAUUGACGUCGAAGCAUUGCGCCCUGUGUCCAAAUUCAUACCAGACCGAUAUGAUGAGCGAGAAAUUGACAUGGUCAUCGGAGUGGAGAUCGAUCAACCAGAAUUCCGCAAUCACUCGAUCUUGGGCAACAAGUGCGAGUCAUUCUGUCAAUGGACUUUCAUGUGCAAGCCACAUCUUCCAGUCAUGUUGACGCUCAUCGAGAACAUUGUAAGAUGGCUGAAAGAGAUCGCGAUGGAACAAAAGGUGCCCAUCUCUGAGAUACACCUCGACUUUGAUCAAGUCAUCAGUGGCACGGGACCGUCCGCCUUCACGAGAGCGAUCUUGGACGACAUGUCGCAACGCAGUGGACGCACAAUCACCUGGGACAACUUCCACAGCUUGCAGGAAUCAAAGCUCGUGGAGAACGUCCUGGUCCUGACCGUGGAAGCAUUUGCGGCAGGCCAAGGUCACUCGGACUCCGGGAACCAUAACGCGAAACAAGCGCUGGUCAAGCAUCACUACCACGCCUCGGGCUGGCCUACAGCUCAUCCUCGAUACAAUCACCCCAUACAUGGUGAGGUCGAGCGAUGCAACUGGGAUGCCGAAUGCGUCAGGCGAUGGGAUGAGAACAUGGCUGCGUUCGAAGCAUUGCCGGCCGAAGAGCAAACCGCGCAGAUCGCGUUGAGACAGAUGGACACACCGCAACAACGGAAGCGGCAAGCUCGUCGCGAUAGACGCGGAAGGCCGAGGUGA